CUUUUGUUUUGGGCCGUGUUGGGCUUUUGCGUUAGUGGGAUCAAAAAAAAAGAGAGAGAGGGGGAAAGAAAGAAGAAGGAAGGACCACACUGAAAGGGAAAUGGCAGAGACAGAGAUUCUCGAACCCUAUCAACUGUCCUUGUCGGAUCUUCUUCUUUGGUCCUCUCGCUUUCAAUCUUCUUCUCCGAGAGACCGUAAACGCUGUCAAUGCAUCUCGAGAAACGUGAUGUCAGCUCUUGGCCCCUCCGGUCCAGGCCUGCUUUGUAUCACCGGCGUUCUUGGCUCCGCCCUUCUGCGCCGUCAACUCCUCCCUAUGGCUCGGAAGCUGGCUCUUCUCGUUCCGGACAAACGGAUCCGCAUUCUGAAGGAGCACCACUUGGGUAGCGACGUUUCUCUCAAGAAUCCACUACGAGACGUCUCUUCUUUUGCAAUGCAGCUCAAUUUUGAACGCACUUCUAAAUCUUCACAGGGGAAGCUGUGGUUCCACGAGGCUAGCCCUACACUCGAUUUGAAGGAGGAGGGCGAUGAUGAUGAGUUCACAAAUCUUGGCGCUGCCUUUAAGGGACUAGGUUUUUGUAUGAGGGAAUUAGGCUUGUCCAUUGCUCGUAUAUGCGACAGGGAGAUUGGUGGAGGCUUCCUGGAGGAUAGUUUACUGGAGUCUUGCACAGCAAAGGCACGCCUUAUACAUUACCACUCUGCUGCUGAUAAACGUGCUCUCAGAGAAGCCGAGAGGAGCAACCAAUCUGGUAAACGAGUAUCAAGCAAGACAAGAGUCCAUAAUGCUGCUGAGCAACAAGAGGUGAACCGUAGAAAUGGGGAUGGUUUGAGUGGGAGUCACUUCAACCUGUGGCAACAGUGGCAUUACGAUUAUGGCAUCUUUACUCUUCUCACGGAUCCUAUGUUUCUAUCCUCGUACUCCUACCAGGAUUGCUCUUUGAUGAGCAGACACUCUUAUCUCCAGAUCUAUCAUCCCAGCAAGAACAAGUUCUACAUGGUCAAGACUCCACAAGACAGUUUUAUAGUCCAAAUUGGAGAAUCUGCUGAUAUUCUGUCCAAAGGGAAGCUACGGUCGACUCUUCACUGUGUAUGCAAACCAGAGAAGCUGGAGCACAUAAGCCGUGAGACAUUUGUGGUCUUCUUACAGCCAAAGUGGAGCCAAACUUUUUCAGUCUCAGAAUAUACAAUGGAACAUCUAAGGUCAUAUUCUCUACAGAGUCAGCUCCCUGAUACGGAUGAGGUCCCUAAUCCAGAGAUACAAAGAAUCGUUCCACCUCUAUCGUCUCGGUUAAGGGAUGGGAUGACGUUUGCCGAGUUUUCUCGGGAAACAACAAAGCAGUAUUACGGAGGGAGUGGUUUGCAAUCUAAUAAUAGUGAUAAAUUGAGGCAUGUGAAAUGAAACCCCGCAGGUAAAUAGCCUUGUCUAGUCUUUAGAUACAAUUCGUUCAUGGUAAUGAGUAGUUGAAGCCAAAAAAGAAUGAGCCAAGAGGGAGGGUGUUAGUUCUAGAGAGAGAUCAGAUUAAAGGGUUGGGAUUCGUCUUGUGUACUUCGAUGUUGGAGCCAUAACAGUGAAAGCUGUUACAUCGUUUUCACAGUCAAAAGCUCUCUCUUUCAAAUCAAACAUGCUUUCUUUUUAUUUUGCUCUUCUUUAGUCUCUCUCUGUGACUCAGUUUAUGUUCCUGUUGUGUCUCCCCAGAUGCUGUUCCAUUCUUACAUCUCUUUGUUUGCUUUCAAGCGUCGCAUUAAGACAAAGUGUUGUUAUUAAAGUAAAAGCUGCCUCCCCCUCUUCGCAGAUUC